GGCGCCAAGGUCCCGGAGGCCUUUGUGUGCAUCGCAGUGGGGCUGGCCCUCUACUACUUGGUGCCGCGCCCCGCUGAGCUGGACGCCCAGGCCUGGGGCUGCGCCGCAGUCUUUGUCGCGACCAUCCUGGGUGCGGGGCGGGAGUUCGCGGCGGCCUCUGUGGAGGUCCUGGGCUUGAUGCGCCUGAUCUUGGAGCCGCUCCCUGUCGCCCCCGUUGCUCUGGCAGGCGCUGUGGUGGCGCUGUGGACUGGCACCCUGUCUUACAAGCAGCAGUUCUCUGCAUUUGGCAAUGACACCAUAUGGCUCAUCAUGGCUGCGUUCUUCUUUGCAAAGGGCGUGGAGGUGACUGGCCUGGGGGCGCGCGUGGCCGACGCGUCCAUCGCCGCCCUGGGCCGCUCCUCCCUGGGCCUGGCCUACGCCCUGGCGCUGGCGGAGCUCGUGCUGGCGCUCUGCAUGCCGUCCACCACGGCGCGCGCCGCGGGGAUAUUCGUGCCCGUCAUCGCCUCCCUGGCAAAGUCCUUCGACAGCCUGCCCCACCACCCCUCCUCCAAGAAGCUGGGGCGAUUCCUGUUCAUGAGCCAGGCCCAGGUGUCUGGUGCCACGUCAGCCAUGUGGUACCUGGGAGGCGCCCAGACCCCAGUGGGGGUGACUCUGGCGGCGGAGCAGGGUGUCGUGGUGCCCAGCCCCUUCACGACAUACCUCAAGGGCUCCUGUGUUCCCGCUGCCGUGCUGAUUGCCCUGAUCCCCCUGGCGGUUUACUACCUCGUGCCUCCAGAGGUCACGUCGACCCCCUGGGCGCAGCAAGAGGCCAGGGAGCGCCUCAAGGCGCGCGGCCGCCCGUCGUGGCGGGAGGUGGUGACGGGCCUCGUGAUGAUCGCCGCGGUGGCCCUCUGGUGCUCCUCUGCGUACCUGCCGAUCAAGCUGGCCAACGCCAGCGUCGCCCUCCUGGGGGUGGUGGUGCUGCUGGCCAGCGGGGCCAUCACGUGGGACGACCUCGCCGGCCACAGGCCGGCCUGGGAGCUGCUGGUCUGGCUCACGAUCCUUUUCUCCAUGUGCACAGCCCUGGCUGAUUUUGGAGUCAUCAAGUGGCUCAGUGCUGCUGUGAGCAAGCCCCUGAUGGCCAAGGGCUUCACCACUACACAGCUGUUCUGGCUGCUGAUCCUCAUGUAUUACGUGAUCCACUACGGGGUGGCCAGCCAGACGGCACACGUCACCGCGCUGGUGCCGCCGUUCCUGGGCAUCAUGGUGGAUGCAGGCACGCACACGGGAAAUGGCAGCUUCUGUCGCAUCGAUGGCAAGAUGGCCGUGCUGGGGCUGGUCUACGCCACCCACCUGUUUGGUGGCAUCACCCACUACUCAUCCGCCCAAGCUGCGGCUUACUACGGCGCCGGCUACUACUCCACCAGAACCAACAUCCUCGUGGGCGGCCUGCUGGGCUUUGCCAGCCUAGGCCUAUUCAUGGGCAUAGGCAUGGGCUGGUGGCGCGCGGUGGGCCUGUGGACAAACUGA